AUGGGGACAUUCCAACUGAUGCCAUUCGACCCUUUGUCGGUCGAUCCAUCUGAAAAAAAACGUGUUGCGUAUUUCUAUGAUUCCGAUGUGGGCAAUUACGCCUACGGCGCGGGUCACCCAAUGAAACCUCACCGUAUAAGAAUGGCCCACUCUCUUAUCAUGAACUACGGCCUUUACAAGAAGAUGGAGAUCUACCGGGCAAAGCCCGCCACCAAGCAGGAGAUGUGUCAAUUCCAUACUGACGAAUACAUCGACUUCCUGGCUCGUGUCACCCCGGACAACCUUGACAUGUUCUCGAAGGAGCAAAUCAAGUUCAACGUUGGUGAUGACUGUCCUGUUUUCGAUGGGUUGUUCGAGUAUGCUGCCAUCUCCGGCGGUGGAUCCAUGGAGGGUGCGGCUAGACUUAAUAGAGGAAAGUGCGAUAUUGCCAUCAACUAUGCUGGUGGAUUGCAUCACGCAAAGAAAUCGGAGGCUUCUGGCUUCUGCUACCUGAACGAUAUCGUCCUGGGUAUCAUUGAGUUGUUGAGGUACCAUCCCAGAGUCCUUUAUAUCGAUAUCGAUGUCCACCACGGUGACGGUGUUGAGGAGGCUUUCUACACAACUGAUCGAGUUAUGACGUGUUCUUUCCACAAGUACGGAGAGUUUUUCCCCGGUACUGGUGAAUUGCGCGACAUUGGUGUUGGCAAGGGUAAGCAUCAUGCGGUCAACGUUCCGCUUAGAGACGGUAUAGAUGAUGCUACGUACAAGUCUAUUUUUGAGCCUGUCAUCAAGAGAAUCAUGGAUUGGUACCAGCCUUCUGCGGUUGUUCUACAGUGCGGUGGUGACUCUCUCAGUGGUGACAGACUGGGUUGUUUCAACCUGUCGAUAAAAGGCCAUGCCAACUGUGUGAACUACGUCAAGUCCUUCAACAUUCCGAUGAUGGUUCUGGGAGGUGGUGGAUACACUAUGAGAAACGUUUCCAGAACAUGGACCUACGAAACGGGUCUUCUGAACAACACUCUGUUGGAUCCUGAAUUGCCAUACAACGACUACUACGAAUACUAUGGUCCCGACUACCAGCUGGACGUAAGACCUUCGAACAUGCACAAUGCCAACUCUCCUGAGUAUCUCUCCAAGAUUUUGUCUCAGAUAUUCAGCAACCUGGAAAAUACGAGGCACACACCUUCUGUUCAGAUGAACGACGUGCCUCAUGACCUGGAGGAUUUCGGAGACGAAGAGGAGGACACGGCAGAUGCUAUGGACACCAAGGGAGGUUCCCAGUUUGCUCGUGAUAACAUCAUCGUUCCAGACAACGAGUUCUACGAUGGUGAUGACAAGCAGAAGUCCAAAGAUAUUAGCGACCACAAAGACGGUGAGACCCAUCCUAGACCCACCAUGUCGAUCAUCCCACCGGACUACUACGAAAAGGCAGCAGCGGACAUGGUCAAGGAAUUGGAGAAUGAAGAGAGUUGA